GGAGCUAUCAUCUCCUAUUCUCCUUACCCUUGUACUAUAAUUCAAGAUAUCCAUAUCCAUAUCCAUAUCCAUCCCCUACAAAAAUUAACACUUGACAAUCUCACUCACUCACACAUACCAUCAUCAUUUUCUUUUCCCAAAUUCACCUAUCAUGCCAAUAUGCCAUGUUUUUCCUCACCUAUGCUAUUUUAUACUAUUAUCAUUAUUUAUUACUCCAUAGUCCAUAAUGCAUCUUCUUACCUUCCACUCUAUGAAUAAUAUUAUUAAUAUCUUCAUCUCAUGUGUUGACUAUUCCACAAGUUGACUUCAACCUUUCCUCAGUCCUUCCUUCUCAAACCAAGUUGCACCACACUUAUAUACAAUUUCUUAAAAUAAUCCCACAAAAACUCAUAUCACAACCAAUAAAUUUCCUCACCUUCUUCAACUCCCUCAUUUCCAAAUUCACUCACAAAUUUUCAACUCUAAAAAAAAAACUCAAACUCAAAUUUUACAUUUUUUUCAAUUUUCCGGCGAAAUGGACCCACACCCGGAAAACCCAUCACCACCAAAGAGAGAUAAUCAGAUCCAGAUCCAAGGCCCACGGCCCAGCCCACUUAAGAUCAACAAAGAUUCCCACAAAAUCAAAAAACCACCAAUUGUACCAAAACCACCUAAUAAUCCACCCCCUUUACCGGCAACCGGAAACCAACCGGUAAUAAUUUACUCAAUUUCCCCAAAACCCAUCGUUGUAGAACCCUCCAAUUUCCGGUCAAUCGUCCAACAUCUCACCGGAAAAGAUUCAACUCCGCCAGAAUCCAACUUUUCCGGCGAAACUCCGGUGUCUCCGGCGGCUAGAUUUGCGUCGAUUGAGAGAACAAGUCCAGGAGAGAGAGAAAGAAGAGAGAGAAGAAUUGAUGAUGUUAUUGAUAUGAUGAUGGGUGAAGGUGUUGGAGAUGAUGAUGGUGGGGUUAAUUCUUUCGAUGUGGGACAAAUUCCGGGGAUUUUAUCGCCAUCUCCGGCGAAUUUACCGGUGAUUUCUUCGGCGAUGUUUUCUCCGGCGACGGAGAAUUUUUUAGGGUUUGGAUUUGGGGGUGGAGUAAGUGAAUUAAUGAUGAGUCCAUUUUUUAGUAAUACUAGUUUUUUGCCAAGUCCUUCUGCUCUUUUUUUGUCUAAUUUUCCACUUGUUUCACCCUCUCCUUCCUUUGCUGAUUUAUACAAUAUCUUUGACUAAAGAUGGAUUAAUUUUUUUUGGGAUUGUUAUGUGGUUGGUUUUUUUUUUUUCGGGUGUGAAGAGAGCCACAAGGCAAUUGAUGUAGACGAGAUUUAAUCCGAGUGUUCAAUUAGCUAGUUGAUGUAGGUUGGUUGGUUGGUUGGUUGGUUGGUUGGUGUACAUUUGUUAGAGAGGAGAAAGAAAUGAGUUUGGGUAAUUAAUUGCUUACCCAAUAGAUUGAAUUUUGGGGGAUGUUUGUAUAUUGUAAUUUUGUACUAUGGCUAAUUUGAUUCAUGAUGACAAUGUAUAUAAAAUCAUUCAUUUAACUA